CGGAAAGGAUAAAAUAGGAAAGUCUGAAUAUAGGGAGACAGAAAAGUGAAACAAUCAAGAAGGAGCCAAGAAGCUAUAAAGGAAGGAGAAGAAGAAGAGGAGGAGGAAGCCAACAAGUCCCCUGUGACAUCAAGAUCAAGGUCGAGGUCCGCCGCGUGCCCUGAAGUGCCCUGGCAGUGUUUCUCGUGGAGGAGGAGGAGCCCCUCGGCGUGCAGGCCCCCAGGUGCAGAGUGUGAGAGAUGCCUCGUAAGGAGAGGAGGUUAAAACAAAAACAAAAGGAGCUGUGUGAGGCCGCAAAAGGGAGUGGAUCACUUACCAGCUGGAUAACAGAAAACAGAAAAGAUGGACUGGGAGCAAGUCAUGACGAAUCAGAUGAGAAAAUGGAAGGAGAGAAAGACGACGACACUGUGCAUCAGAGAAAUGACAGCUUGCUGGGAACAGAGAGCCAGGAGGACACAGAGGUUGGAGGAAAGCCUGGAACUUCAGAGGUUAUUGAGCCCACACAGAAUGCUGAGAUAGAGGAAACAGCUAGUAUCCAGGAGAAAGAUGUUGGAGUGAGAGAGACAGAACAUGAAUUACAAAUUGCACAAACUGUGGAGGUAGAGGAAGCAGCAAGCCAGGAGGAGGCAGAUACCAGAGGGAGGCAGACAUUCUCACACCUGCUUGAACUUACCCACCCAAAUGAUCCUGCCCAUGUCCAACAACAGAACAGAGAAAUCUUGUCCCGCUUACUAGCCACCACACUUUACCUGGCAAGACAGGGAUUGCCUUUCAGAGGAGAUGAUGAGAACCCGUCAAGCCAAAAUAGAGGUAAUUUCAUAGAGUUGGUAGAGGUAUUUGGUAAAUAUGACAGUGUAAUUAAACUGCAUUUGGAAUCGGUAAAACAGAAGCAAGGAACUGCUAAAAGACCUCUUGUCUCACUCCUCUCCAACAGAAGUCAGAAUGAUAUGAUUAGAGCUUUGGCCAUAUCAGUAAAAAGAGUGAUCCAGAAAGAAAUCCAAGAGAGCAAAAUCUUUUCAAUUCUCAUGGAUGAAACCACAGAUGCUGCACACACUGAGCAGGUUUCUUUUGUCAUUAGGUAUGUGCAUAACAUGAAAAUCAAUGAGCGCUUUCUUCAGGUGUGUAACAUUCAUAACACAAGGGGAGAAUCUCUUGAAAACUUAGUGAUAGAUCUACUUGAAGAAAAUAAUCUGAAGUUGGAAAACAUCAGGGGUCAAGGUUAUGAUGGUGCUGCAAACAUGAGCCGACGCUUUAACGGACUUCAGUCAAGAAUCCUGAAAAGAAAUCCAAAGGCAUUGUACGUACACUGCCAGGCACACUGCCUUAAUCUGGUGCUGGUUGAAAGUGCAAAGUCAAACCUCUGUUUUGUCAGCUUCUUUAACUUAGUUGAAAAACUUUAUGCUUUUGUGGCCAACUCAUCCAAACGACACUCUGCAUUUAUUGAAAUGCAGAAGACGAUGUACCCUGAUCAGCGACCACUGGAACUGCAGAAGCUGUCAGACACGCGUUGGGCCUGCAGAGAAACAGCCCUUUGCACUCUGAGGAAGGUCCUCCCAGCUGUCAUGGAGUUUCUUGAGCAAAUGACACAGCAAGACCCUCCAGACUCUUCAGCAGGUGAUGCAAUGAUUCUACUCAAGAGCAUCAACUUUGAAUUCUUCCUGUGUUUGGAAAUCACCUGUCCAAUCUUCCAGGUAACUGCGAUGGCUUCUAAUGCUUUGCAGCAGAAAGACAUGGACCUGGGUGCAGCAUACAAAGUUGUUAAUGGAGUUUUACAGGAACUGGCACACAGCAGAACAGAGGAGAAGUUUGAUAAUAUGUAUAAACAGGCUACAGAGAAGGCUGCAUCAGUGGGCCUGGACCCUCCAACAGAGAUUCCUGGUCAAGCUAGGAGGAGGAAAAUGCCAGCUAAGUAUAAGUUCACUGCCACAACAGCUACCUUUGAUCACACUUUCCCUACUUUGCAAGACUACUAUCGUGUUAAAGUGUAUUAUGUUUUUGUGGACACAAUGACACACGAGCUUCGGAGACGGUUCAAAGGAGAAGAUAACUCCACUUGGGAAUUCCUUAAUGCUUUCCACAGCCUGAUAGCUCCAGAGAACUGGAAAACAACAAAUCCCCCAACAGAAGUACUGCAAGCUGUGAAAAAACUCUGUCAGUUCUAUAACAUUGAAGUAGACAUAUUGCAGACAGAACUUAAGGUGUUCCAUGCAUCAUACUCAUGCCCCUCACCCAUCAGUGUGACAUCUAUUCUUACAGUGGUCAAAGAAAACAAUGCACAUAUGGUUUUCCCUAACUUGACUGAGCUGCUGAAGACAUAUGGCACCCUCCCGGUGUCUACAGCUACUGUGGAACGUUCUUUCUCAAAACUGAAGCUGGUGAAAACAAAACUUCGCACCCUUUGCAGAGAGGAUAGGUUGUUAGACCUUCUUUUACUUGCGAUUGAAAAGGAUAUUCCAGUCAACCUUAGUGAAGUCAUUGAUAUUUUUAAAUGCAUGGGUAACAGGAAGUUGCUGUUGUAACUGCAAGAGAAGAUGCCACUGUAAUGUACACACACACACACACACACACACACACACACACACACACACACACACACACACACACACACCUUAGUGACCUUCUCUAAGUUCCCUUAUCUAUUCUUUCAUCAAUCAGUUACUUUUAGUUACAUUAAUAAUAUUAUAAAAUAACUAUGAAUAAAGCCUACAUCAUUGAUGUCUAUGAUAUCUGUUAAUAAAUGCAGGCUGGAUUAUGAAGCAAUAAACAUUUAAGAUUUCAGAAAUAUGAACUUUAUUAUUACUGGCCACUCUCUACUAAUUUAUACAUCGAGUAAUUUGAGUAUGAACAAUGAUGUGGUAUGUUGUGAUUCGAUGUUAUCUUUAUGAAUAUGGGUUGCUACAAUUCAGCCUGUUAUAGUCAGGUAUGCUUUUGUAUCCUUUCUCAAAUUCAUGCUCCAUGUGCCCCUUUUAAACUUUUGAGCCCCUGCCCCUCCAAUGGUCUCUGCACGGCCCUGGUUGCCACCCCGACCUCAGGAAAAUACCAACAUCUUACUCUCCAAUAAAUAAAAGUACGAUGAAAGAGAAGGUUUUUGCCUUAGGCCAGUAUUUAUGUUAUGACUACAGUACCCUCUCCAGUUUCGUGCUCGCUUUGUUCUGAAGGUGUAGCGCUAAACUCGAGGGUCGCGAAACUCAAGGUAUUGAAAACACUGAAAAAGCGCUUAUUUGUUCCGACCCGUGGAGUUUUUUUAAUUUUUUUAUGUGGCUUAUGGCGCCGGUAAACUAUCCAUCUGAGCCUAAUGGUCGGCCCCGAGCCUGUCAUGGCGCAGGCAACUGUUUAUAGUGGUGCCAUUAUAAUUGGGUCAUGCUGCCCCCCGGAGCUCACUUUUUUUCCUCCUUUACUCCCUUGUUAUCUCAAAAUACGUACCUUGGAAAAAGAAAGGAAACAGAAAGAGAGAACGGGUCAUUUUAAAGCCACAGAUGAAGCCUUACGAUUGGCUGAGCUCUGAAAACACGCUUGUGAUUCGCUGGGAGUCCAAUGACGUCAUCGCCGGCGCUCACCCAAUCAGCGGCCUCACUGCCUUAUUAACCCGUAGGCUUCGGCUAUGGGAAGGCCGAGAAGUGCCCGAGAAACGACAAAACUACUCUGCAUUUUGAGACUAAGAAAAGAGCAUGGAACGUACAUCAGAGUACUCCUCUCAUAACCAUAAAACCGUUAAAAAUAUUUACUUUUACUCAAACUCCAUUCUUUUUGGGUGAUGUUUGUUACAAAAUAAACAGUCUCGUGAUGCGUGGCAUCUAGCCGAGAGUCGCUUGUUGUGUACUACAGAGAAUUUGCCAAGUGAUCACUGUAUGGAUAGCUAAUUCAGUAUGCCACGACCUUACAGCACCACCUAUGACAAAAAAGCCCACCUCAAGAUCACCCACGCACCACAUUGACCUAGGGCAUUCAUGGUGGGUUGCACUAUGCCACCACCGCCUACAAUUAGCUCGAAUUAGGCGUUUUAUGGCGAGCCCUUUUUAGGGUCCACCGUACCACAGCCACGACUCGUGAAAGCCUAAAAAAG